CUGCCCUGCAUCCUGUUGCUUAGCAACCUUGCCCAGUCACCAUGGGGCUCUAGUUGGCACCUUCAGCAGGUGGAUGGAAUAUUGGGGGGUGGGGGCGGAUCUAAGAGGAGGAGACCCUAGGAGGUACACGCCCCACCCCCAGGGAAAUAACUGUGCCCAGAGGCUGGCAGUGCCUGGGGGUGGGGUGACCAUUGUUUCCCCUAGUACCUGAAGGACUCUUGUCCAAGAGGUAUGAAUUCCUAGCAUUCCCUGUGACAGGACAGGAUGGGGAGAUGGGGGCAGGGGAGAAGGUGCAAGCCCCACCUAGGGCGGUGGCCACAGCAGUGAAAGGGGCAGACACAGCCAGGAGCCUGGGCAAGCAGCAGGAUGGCAGCAGGGGCAGCGGCCGGAGCCUGGGUGCUGGUCUUCAGUCUGUGGGGGGCAGCAGUAGGUGGUCAGAACAUCACAGCCCGGAUUGGGGAGCCGCUGGUGCUGAAGUGUAAGGGGGCCCCCAAGAAGCCACCCCAGCAGCUGGAAUGGAAACUGAACACAGGCAGAACAGAAGCUUGGAAAGUCCUUUCUCCCCAGGGAGGCUCAUGGGACAGUGUGGCCCAUGUCCUCCCCAAUGGCUCCCUCCUCCUUCCGGCUGUUGGGAUCCAGGAUGAGGGGACUUUCCGGUGCCGGACAACAAACAGGAAUGGAAAGGAGACCAAGUCCAAUUACCGAGUCCGGGUCUACCAGAUUCCUGGGAAGCCAGAGAUCCUGGAUCCUGCCUCUGAACUCACGGCCGGUAUCCCCAGUAAGGUGGGGACAUGUGUGUCUGAUGGGGGAUAUCCUCUGGGGACUCUCAGCUGGCACAUGGAUGGGAAACUCCUGGUACCUGACGGGAAGGGAGUGUCUGUGAAGGAGCAGACCAGGAGGCAUCCUGACACGGGGCUCUUCACCCUGCAGUCAGAGCUGAUGGUGACUCCAGCUGGGGGAGGAGGGCCUCCCCCCACCUUCUCCUGUAGCUUCAGCCCCGGCCUACCCCGCCGCCGGGCCUCAUACACAGCCCCCAUCCAGCCCAGUGUCUGGGAGCCUGGGCCCCUGGAGGUUCGCUUGCUGGUGGAGCCAGAAGGUGGAGCAGUAGCUCCUGGUGAGACUGUGACCCUGACCUGUGAAGCUCCUGCCCAGCCCCCUCCUCAAAUCCACUGGAUGAAGGAUGGUAUGUCCCUACCCCUGCCCCCCAGCCCCGUCCUGCUCCUCCCUGAGGUGGGGCCUCAAGAUGAGGGGACUUACAGCUGCGUGGCCACCCAUCCCAACCGUGGGCCCCAGGAAAGCCUUCCCAUCAGCAUCAGUGUCGAGACAGGCGAGGAUGGGCCGACUGCAGGCUCUGAGGGUGGCUCAGGCCUGGGGACUCUAGCUCUGGCCCUGGGGAUCCUGGGAGGCCUGGGAACAGCUGCCCUGCUUGUCGGAGUCAUCCUGUGGCGAAGGCGGAAACGCCAAGGAGAGCAGAGGAAAGUCCCCGAAAACCAGGAGGACGAGGAGGAACGCACAGAACUGCAUCAGUCGGAGGCUCGGGAGGCGAUGGAGAGCGGUACAGGAGAGCCCUGAGGGGCCCACGGGCUGACCCCACCCCUCAGAUCCCUGGCCCCAGACCUGUUCUCCCCAGAACAACCCUUCCCACCACCUCACCAACUCAUCUUCCACAACCAGAGCCCCCCAUCAACAGGACGAGUAAACGGCUGACACAUGUUGCCCA